GGCCUGAGCCGCCCGCCGUCCCCGCCCCGGCCUGCGCGGCCAAGCCCGGCGGGCUCGCCUCCGAGGGGCACUUGCCGCUGAGGUGGAGCCGUUUGCACCAGACGCUCCUGCUCCUGCCCCCUCCCUCCCCCUCCCCUCCCCUCCCCCUCCCUCCUCCCCUCCGGUCCUGUCUCCAGCGGGAGCGCGAGACGCUGGUCAGGCUCCGCGGCGCAGCUCGGGAAGGAAUAAUCGCCCCCGAUUGACUUAGAUUCCGCCGGAGCCGGCGCCGCGGCCGCCGCCGCCCGGGACCCGCUCGCCGUGUUUUUCGCUUUCUCCAUUCUUCCUUAAAAGAAAAACCAAAAAAAGGCAAAACAAAACCAGCCAGCCAGCCAACCAAGAACCCGGUUUGUUGAUCGCCUUGGUUUUUGUUUUGUUUUUUUUUUUUUUUUUCACCGUUUGCGGGAUUUGCAAACCGAGUUACAUGCAUGUCCAGUGGGGGUAGGUUUAAUUUUGACGAUGGAGGGUCCUACUGUGGAGGCUGGGAGGACGGCAAGGCGCACGGCCAUGGCGUCUGCACCGGCCCCAAGGGCCAAGGCGAAUACACCGGCUCGUGGAGCCACGGCUUCGAGGUACUGGGCGUCUACACCUGGCCCAGCGGCAACACGUACCAGGGCACUUGGGCGCAGGGCAAGCGCCACGGCAUCGGCCUGGAGAGCAAGGGGAAGUGGGUGUACAAGGGCGAGUGGACGCACGGAUUUAAGGGGCGCUACGGGGUGCGGGAGUGCACGGGCAACGGGGCCAAGUACGAAGGCACCUGGAGCAACGGGCUGCAGGACGGCUACGGCACGGAGACGUACUCAGAUGGAGGGACCUAUCAGGGCCAGUGGGUCGGUGGCAUGCGCCAAGGCUACGGGGUGCGGCAGAGUGUCCCCUACGGCAUGGCGGCAGUCAUCCGUUCGCCCCUGAGGACGUCCAUCAACUCUCUGCGCAGCGAGCACACCAACGGCGCGGCGCUGCACCCCGACGCCUCCCCGGCAGUGGCCGGCAGCCCGGCCGUGUCCCGAGGGGGCUUCGUGCUGGUGGCCCACAGCGACUCCGACAUCCUCAAGAGCAAGAAGAAGGGGCUGUUCCGGCGCUCGCUGCUGAGCGGGCUGAAGCUGCGCAAGUCCGAGUCCAAGAGCAGCCUGGCCAGCCAGCGGAGCAAGCAGAGCUCGUUCCGCAGCGAGGCCGGCAUGAGCACGGUCAGCUCCACGGCCAGCGACGUCCACUCCACCAUCAGCCUGGGCGAGGCCGAGGCCGAGCUGGCCGCCAUCGAGGACGACAUCGACGCCACCACCACCGAGACCUACGUGGGCGAGUGGAAGAGCGACAAGCGCUCGGGCUUCGGCGUCAGCCAGCGCUCCGACGGGCUCCGGUACGAAGGCGAGUGGGCCGGCAACCGGCGGCACGGCUACGGCUGCAUGACCUUCCCCGACGGCACCAAGGAGGAGGGCAAGUACAAGCAGAACGUGCUCGUCAGCGGCAAGCGCAAAAACCUCAUCCCACUGCGCGCCAGCAAGAUCCGCGAGAAGGUGGACCGCGCCGUGGAGGCCGCCGAGAGGGCCGCCACCAUCGCCAAGCAGAAGGCGGAGAUCGCGGCCUCCAGGACUUCCCACUCCCGGGCCAAGGCUGAGGCGGCCCUCACGGCAGCACAGAAGGCCCAGGAGGAGGCACGCGUCGCCAGAAUCACUGCCAGAGAGUUCUCGCCCUCCUUCCGGCCCCGGGAAAACGGGCUCGAGUACCAGCGGCCGAAGCACCCAAUUUCCAGCAGUGACAUCGAGGCGGCCUCCACGGGGACACCCCUGCAGCAGGAGAGCCCCGAGCUGUACCGCAAAGGCACCACCCCCUCGGACCUGACCCCCGACGACAGCCCCCUGCACAGCUUCCCCGCCAGCCCCACGGCCACCCCGCCCCCGGCCCCUGCCUCACGGAACAAGGUUGCCCACUUCUCCCGGCAGGUCUCGGUGGACGAGGAGCGAGGCGGGGACAUCCAGAUGCUCCUGGAGGGCCGGGGCGGGGACUACGCCCGCAACAGCUGGGGCGAGGAGAAGGCCGGCGGCUCCAGGGGCAUCCGCGGCAGCGGCCUCCGGAGCGGCCAGCCCACGGACGACUUCCGCUGCCGGGGCUUGGGCCACAAGCAGCCCGGCAACCCCAAGUCCCGGGAGCGGCGGACGGAGUCACCCCCGACGUUCUCCUGGACUUCGCACCACCGGGCCAGCAAUCCCAGCUCCGGGGGCGCCAAGCUGCUGGAGCUGGAUGAGGAGAAGCUGAGCAACUACGAGAUGGAGAUGAAGCCGUUGCUGAGGGUAGAGUCGUACGCGCAGGAGGCCCACCCCCAGAAGAGACGCUACAGCAAGGGGGCGGCCUGCCGGGGCCUGGGGGAGGACCACCGCACCGAUGACCGGGGCUUCGGGGCACAGAGACUGCGGUCCAAGUCCCAGAACAAGGACAGUGCCCGGCCGGCGCCCUGCGCGGAGCCCGCAGUACAGAGGCUGGAGAGCCUGCGGCUGGGGGACCGGGCUGAGCCCCGGCUGCUGCGCUGGGACUUGGCCUUCUCCCCGCCGCAGAAGUCCUCACCGGUGGCACUGGAGUCGGAUGAGGAGAACGGGGACGAGCUCAAGGCCAGCACGGGCUCCGCCCCCAUCCUCGUGGCCAUGGUGAUCUUACUCAACAUCGGAGUCGCCAUUUUGUUUAUUAACUUUUUCAUCUGACGGGACGUCACAUCACGAAGACAACGGUUGGUGUACAAAAGGGACUAACCCACGACAACAGGGAAGGAUCAUAACUCGGGCGGCCCGACCACCACUCUGAGUCUUUUCACAGAACGUGACUGGGUAUUACUCACAGUUUGCCUUUUUUUCUGGGUAAUGUUUUUUGGAUUUUAGCCAAAAUUCUUUGCUUGUAUAACACGAUGCUGUGUGGCAUGGCAGAAGGAGGCCAGCACCCCGACCCUCCAGCUUGGUGUGGAAGGAAAGGGAUCCCAGCAAGUCAAUGGCCACAAACUAAGACGGCCACGGUCCUCGCCGCCGUCACCCCCCGCCUGGGACUGGAAAAGGAGGCAGCCGGAGGAAGCCCCCUGCGCGUCCAGCUGCGCCCGGCAGACCGGGAAGCAGCUGCUGCGAGGCUGAGUGCGGGAAGUCUGCUACCUCUGCUUUCCUCCGGGUCCUGGGAGAGCAAGCGAGUGACCCGGGUGGGCGCGCGGCGGGGGAAGAGGGCGCGCCGUCCCCCACCCCAGCAGCUGGGCCUCUGUCGGAAUCUGUGCCGUGUGCUUGAGGAAGCGGGGACCUGCCGCCCCUUCCCUUCCCCACCCCUGCCCUCGGCUUCCUCUGGCCUUCACAGCGAGGCCAGCUGCCCACCAAGUCUGAAAGCAGAGUCCUAAUACUCCUGCCUCCAGUCUGCCCCCACCCCGCCCCGCCCCCAGGAAGCAGGGCUGCGGAGGGGACAGAGGGCGGGGAGCGUUGUGGGCUCAC